AUGCAGCCGGCCGCGCGGCCGAGCCCGCCGCCGGCCGUCGCGGGGGCGCUGGGCCCCCCGGAGCGCCGGGGCACGCUCGAGGCGCGCCCGGAGGCGCGCGGGCCCCUGGGGCGCCUCCGCGGCGCGGCGGCGGCGUCCUACGGCGCGUCCUACGGCGCGACGAGCGACACGCGGCCGCCCGCGGGCGCGCCCGGGGGCGACGCGUCGCGGUCCGGGGCGCUCUUCGUCGACGGCGCGCUGCGCUACGCCGUGCUCGACGGCGCGCCGGAGACGAAGGCCGGCGGCACGCUGCCGCUCUUCUCGCUCGACGGGAAGCCGCUGGCGACGUGCUCCCUGGGGUCCGUGGCCGCGGGCGCGGGCAAGUUCACGGUCGCGGCGCCCGACGGCGUCAAGGUCUGCGCGGGCACGUCGGCCAAGGACACGGCCGCGUGGCUCGCGUCUUUGCGCGCCGCGGGCGUGCCGCCCGCGGACGGCGGCGGGGACCCGUUCCGCUAA